AUGUCUGAUUUUCCACUUCACCAAGCUGCCAGAGAGAAUAAGCCACUCACAGUGGAAGGAAUCUUGGCUGAAAACCCUAAGUUGGCCAUUUCAAAAGAUGACGACUCCCGCACGCCUCUCCACUGGGCCUGUUCCAUGAAUAACGAGCAAAUAGUGCUGAUAAUUCUUCCAUUUGUCAAAGUAGACAUUGACGAGCUUACAGACGAUUCAGGAUGGACUCCGCUCCACAUUGCUGCAUCCAUCGGUAACCAGACAAUAGUGGACCAGUUGAUGGCCACCAAGCCUACGCCAGAUGUGGAUUUGGCCACGAAUAACGGCACUACAGCCAUCCACUUGGCUACAUCAAAAAACCAUUACGAUCUUGUUCAAAAACUCAUCGACACCUACAAAAGCUCUGUUCGAGUGAAGGAUAAGAAGGGAAUCACCCCUUUGCAUAGGGCUGCGGCCAUUGGAAGUCAGCCAUUGGUCAAGAUGUUGGUAGCUGCGAAAGCUAAUGUCAACGCAAAGGACUCAGAUGGCUGGACACCGCUUCACCAUGCAUUAGCUGAAGGAUACGCGGAUGUGGGAGCGCUUUUGGUGCUGUUGGGGCCGAUGUGGACGCCGAAAGCAAUCUGGGAGAAAAGGCAGCCAAUGUUGCAUGCAAUGAAGGUGUGA